GAUAUUAUAUAUAAAAAGCGAGCCCUAUAGGGCGGCUCUGGAAGUCGCAGUCUCACAAUCUCCACUCUCAGCCGCAGCCGGUGCCCUUCUUCCUCUUCUCCGUCUGACCCUUUCGAUUUCUCUUAUCCGUCUCCGAUCUCCUUCACCUUCAACCACCUGCCCCCUCCGCCCUGCCACAACUCUCGCCCAUUGCUUUAGAAGACUGAAUUCUCUGAACUUUUUCAACAAAUGGCUCCCACAAAUGGAAAAUGGAUUAAGAUUGAUCAAAAAACGAUAGGCCCAGGUGCAAGAAGCUCUCACGCCAUUGCAAUUGUAGACCAAAAGGCCUACUCCUUCGGCGGAGAAUUCUCCCCCCGACUCCCCGUCGACAACAAACUCCACGUCUUCGACCUCCAUGAUCACAUCUGGACAGUCGUCGCUGUCUCCGGCGACAUCCCUCCACCGCGCGUUGGCGUCACAAUGGCCUCCAUCGGCCAAAUCAUUUACGUCUUCGGCGGUAGGGAUACAGAGCACAAGGAACUAAAUGAGCUCUACUCCUUUGACACAUCGAUUAACAAAUGGACGCUCCUCUCUGGCGGCGAAUCUGGACCACCGCAUCGAAGCUACCACUCCACAACGGCGGACGACCACAACGUCUACAUCUUUGGCGGAUGCGGUAACUCCGGUCGCCUCAACGACUUGUGGGCUUACGAUACGGUAGAUGGAAAAUGGAUAGAGUAUCCAGCAGCAGGGGAAGAGUUGAAGGGCCGAGGUGGACCAGGCCUAGCUGUGGCCCAAGAUAAAAUAUGGGUAGUGUAUGGAUUUGCGGGUAUGGAAAUGGAUGAUGUUCACUAUUUUGAUCCGGACCAAAAUAAAUGGGCCCAAGUUGAGACAAGAGGGCAAAGGCCGACGGCUAGGAGCGUGUUUUGCACGUGCGCAAUUGGGAAGUACGUGUAUAUCUACGGUGGGGAAGUGGACCCCAGUGAUGUAGGGCACUUGGGGGCCGGAAAGUUCGCCGGAGAGGUUUACGUGUUGGACACGGAGGUGUUAGAGUGGAGUAGGGUGGAAGAUGGGCUGGGCGUUGAGGAUCAUCCUGGGCCGAGGGGUUGGUGUGCGUUUUCUGUGGGCCGGAAGGGAGGGGAAUUGGGCCUUCUAGUUUAUGGGGGUAAUUCGCCGAGCAAUGAUCGGCUAGGGGAUAUCUAUUUUUUUGCUCCGUGUGAGUGAGAAAAUGGUGGAACAUGUUGGUGAUAUGAUGAUAGGUGAUGCGUUUUUUCUUUUUUCUUUUUUUUUUUUUUUUUUUUUUUUUUUUGGUGAGAGUUGUGUUUGUAUUUCCGAAUAAAAGGCUAAAGUGGUAAUUGUAGAGAGAGGGAAGAUGAGUUUAUUGAGUGAUGAUGUUGGUGAAUUGGAGUGGAAUGAUUAUUGUGUGUUUUUUAUCAUUAUAAAUAAUAGUUGUCUUUAAAAUUUCA